UUUAUUCCCUUUGAUGUAAAUAUAUGAAAAAAAUUUUCAAAAAGAUUGUCUAAUUUUUCUUUUGUGAAACUAAAUGUUUGUUGAAACAAUACUUUUUAUAGAUAAAUUUUUUAUUUACUAUUUUUCUAUUUAGAACGUUAUGGAUAUGAAAAGUAUUUACGACAGUCCAGAUGAUGUUGAUUUAACAGUGGGAGCUUCUGUGGAGGAACCUGCUCCUGGAUCAUUGGUGGGACCAACAUUCCAGUGCAUUUUGAGUGAACAAUAUUACAGAGCUAGAGUAGGGGAUCGAUUUUUCUUUGAAAAUGGAAAUUGCGGAAAUCCUUUCACUUUAGAUCAACUUAAUGAAAUACGGAAAUACACUAUUUCGAGGUUUAUUUGUGACAAUACUGAUACAGUAUCAAUGCAACGUCGUGGAUUUGUACAAAUUUCAAAAAGAAAUCCACUUGUUAGUUGUGAAUCAAUUCCAAACAUCAAUUUAUCUCUCUGGAAAGAAUAA